CAAUAAAAUCUACCAAGAUCUUAAUCCCUUCAACACCAAAUUAGUUUUUGAGUAGUCGAAAAGUUGAGAUCAAAUGGGUUUCGAUUUUGAAAAGAACAAAACUAAUUUGUUGUAUGCUGAUUUAUUCAAGCAAGAAGAAAUUCGUGAUAACAGCAGCGCGUGGAGGAGCCCGAGUUCGUCCGCUUGUGACUCGUCCUCGUCCGGUUUCACCACGCCUUUCGGCUCCGAGCUGGGCUCGACAGAGAGCGACGGUGGUGCCGAUUUCGCCGCUGAGUUGAGUCGUCAAAUGGCCGAGUUCAUGCUUCACGAAGAGGAAGAGGAAGCGAAAGAAAAUAAACCGGUUUGUAAAUACGGGUUUAACAUGAACCGCCCUGUUCUUCAUCAUGCGAACCGGACUCCAUGCAGUAAGUUCAAUAAUCAAUUGGGUGUGGGGGAUUAUAUUGGUGUUUCGAGAGGAAGAAGGGUUAAGGGAGCUGAGUUGACUCAGCAGAUGAGAACUCGGAAAGUGGGGCAGAAACAAGGGCGAUGCAGAGAUGGGGAGUUGAGAAGUGGGUCGGGUAGGGAGAUGCAGAACGGAUCGGGUAUGCGGGCCAUCUUUCUUGGCCAACCCGGAUCGAGAAACGGGUCAUCCGGAACCGGUGUCUUCUUGCCUCAACUAGCUAACAAUCCGGUUGAGAAAAAAAAGAAAUCAGGUCUUUCAACGGUUCUGAUACCCACGAGGGUUCUAGAAGCUCUUGAACUCCACUUUACAAGGCUUUCAGAUUCCGCAACUCCAUCAUCAACGGUUCAAUUUUUCCAUCACGCUUCACCUAAAGAUUAUACGGGAUCAAAAAGAGAAGGAAAUAUACAUACAGAGUUCGAAAUGGAGACGAAAAACAUGGUUGAUGAGAUGCAAAUACUACCCCAAGAAUGGACGUACUGAAAUAUCGUCGUUUUUAUCAAUUAAAUCACUAUUUUAAUAGUGAAGAAAAAUACAUUAGUUUGGCUUAUGGUAUUAUCUCAAAAAUAAUUAAGGAGCCGGCAAAUAUUAGCAAUGGCUACUUCAUCAUAUGUAUAGAAAUGAUGCAAAAGUCAAACUGAAAAUAAGAAUUAAACAAACAAUCGACACUGCAAUAUCAUAUCGAUAUGUAAUUGAUAUCAUCCUUCCUCAUUUUCUAGUCUGUAAUAUUACCAGUUUUCAUUUG